GCAGCCAUCUCCUAUUUGGCAUCAUGGCUGCCCUCAGGCCUCUGGUGAAGCCCAAGAUCAUUAAAAAGUGGACCGAGAAGUUCAUCAGGCACCAGCAAGACCGGUAUGUCAACAUUAAGUGCAACUGGUGGAAACCCAGAGGCAUCGACAAUUGGGUGAACAAAAGAUUCAAGGGCCAGACCUUGAUGCCCAACAGUGGUUAUGGGAGCAACAAGAAGACAAAGCACAUGCUGCCCAGUGGCUUCCGGAAGUUCCUAGUCCACGACGUUACGGAGCUCGAAGUGCUGCUGGUGCUCAACAGCUCUUCCUGCACAGAGGUAGCUCAUCAUGUCUCCUCCAAGAACCACAAAGCCUCUGUGGAAAGAGCAGCCCUGCUGGCCAUCAGAGUCACCAAUACCGAUGCCAGGCUGCCCAGGGAAGAAAAUGGAUAG